AUGGCCUACGCCCCCGCAUCUUCCACCCGUCACACUCACUCGUCUUCCAAUGGCAACGGUUAUCCUUCCUCCCCUGGAACACCCAAUAGCCACUAUGCCCAAGGAUAUAGUUCAAAUGGGUAUACAACACCCACAAAUGCAUAUGCUGGUGCAGAAUCCCAACAUUCACGACAUCCCAUCCACUCGUCUCCCUCUCUCGCCGCCCCCUCUCGCGAGUUUCUCGUCCAUGUCGAAAUGUGGUGCUCAUCCAGUCCAGCAAAUACACCUGCAGGCUCAAAAACAGGCAAAAAGAAGCCUCGUUCCAGACCCGCCUCGACAAUGUUUGGAACCGCGAGUGGACACUAUAGCAAUGGCAACGCAUCCUCAGACGAGCUCGCUCUCGCACAUUCCAUGUCCGCCUUGUCCGAUUCGACAACCCUCCCAGCCCACUCUACCCAUACCCUCUCCGGAAGCGGUUAUGUCUCUGCAUACGGCGCAGGUAGCGGUGUUGGUGUAGGCUCGAUUGCAAGCUCUGCUGCUGCCGUCAGUAUCGCUGCAGCGGCUGCCGCGGCUACAAACGGCAAGAAGUCGGGUAUCGCUGGCUUGUUCGGGUCAAGCCCGAGUGCAACUGGUUCCCGCGGCUAUUGGAGAACGGCGGUUUGCAAACUGAGUGGCGAAGGUGCUGUAUGGCCCGGCCAAUCCUCCGCUUCACCCACGGGUUCUGCCCUCCUCACCAUCUAUUGGUCAGACGAUAAUACGCUUCAACAUGUUAUCAACGUACACAAACUCACCAGCACAGACGUUCGACCCGCGGAGCGGUCUCUAUUCAAUCGGUCGGAUGUUCUCGCAAUCUGGGGACACCCCGCUGCCGUUUCCCUUUCGACCAACCCAACACUCUCCCCUAUCCAUCUCGCAUUCCCGUCGACCGACGCUCAUAAUACGUGGCUCGUCCUCUUACGAUCCUACACUAAUCCAGAAAUCUAUGGCCGUUCCCUCUCGCUCAACCAAUACCCACAGCUCUCCACUUCGACGCUCGAUUCGCCCACGGGGACCGCGACAUCUUCGCUACCUCAACCGCCACAGGGUGGACUAUAUCGAAUGUGGCGACAGAUUGAAAUGUCCAUCGUACAAACGCGCAACGUCAACUUGGCCACUUCAGCACCUUCUGGUGCAGCAUCCGCUACCUCGUCUUCGUCUGCUGCUCGACCUGGUAGUGCGCAGACGACGAUUGCGACGGCGAAUGGGGCUAACGCUGCUGUAGCGACGAUGCCACUUUCGAGCGUUGCGGUCGCUGCUUCGCGGGGUGUGAAUACGAGUGUGGGGGUGACGUCUGCUGGUAAAGAUGGCAAGGAUCUCGUGCUCGGUGGUGGUCACGAUGUCUCGCGACCUGGGACGGCCACGACGAUUCAUCCUUACGAGAAUACGACGAGUGGUGGUGGUGUACCUUUAACGCUAACGAAUAGUCAUACCCCGUCCUUUGUCUCGACGGUGCCUACCACGACGUCUUCAAGUGGGAGUGGUGGGAAUGGAACGCCGCCUGCGAAUGCAACCGUCACGAGUCUUGGGUCGUAUAGUACCGCAUCGCUUGGCACGUCUGAAUCCGGCGACGUGCACCAUCACGGCACAUCGUCUCAUCAUUCGCACUCGUUCAACUCUCAUGCCGCACACGCCUCAUCCAAAGCACGUGAAAAGGAAUUGGCAAAGGAACGCGAAAAGGAGGAAAAGGCGCGCAAGGAGAGGGAGAAAAAGGAGAAAAAGGAGCGUGAACGCGUCGCUGCGCUUCCUGGUCUUUUUGCAGAAGUCGUCUUGCAUGGAGAAGUGUGUGGACGGACGACGGUGCGCAAGGCAUUUCCCACAUUGUCCCCCUCUUCACCCUCCUUGAGUGGGUUAAACGGUGGAUUGGGUGGUGUAGGCGCAGAGUGGUUUGAGAAUAUGCUCUUUGCGGAUCUCCCGAGCUUUGAGAAUAUGCUCGUCAUGCUCUGGCGCGCUGUACCCGAAGGUUCGAGUUCGAAACGGGACAAGGAAAAGGAAUCCAAAGAGAAAGAUGAAGGUCGACCGAGGAGUUCCAAGGGUACGGAUACGGCGUCCAUGUCCCUUAAUCCGACGAGUUCGACGACGACGGCGGGAACGACGAGCGGUGGAAUCUCCAGUGCGGGUGCUGCGUCGAAUUUGACGACUGAUUUCGCUCCCGAAUUUCCGAGGGGAGAAUGGGUCGAGGGGUGGUGGCCACUCUACGCGAAUGCCAAUGCCAUGGGUGCUGUUGGUGGUGCGUCUGGUAUGAGUGCGAUGAGCGCGCUUGGAAUGGGCAUUGGUGGCAUGGGGAUUGGUGGGAUGAGCGGCGUCGGCGGCGUUGCGGGUGCGCUCGUGCAAGUGGGCGAAAUGAAGCUCAAGAUUAAAGUCGACGAGGAGAUUAUCCUACCUUCGCGUGCGUACAAGAAUGUGUUGGAUGCGCUCGAGCAGCGAAACUAUCUCGAUGUUCUCACUGAGCUCGAGCAAAAACUCCGCAUGGACCAGUCUUUGCUCUCGACACAUAUCAUCUCGUUGGCUGUGGCGCGGAAUCGGCUCUUGAAGGAUAUUGUCCAGUUGGCGGAGCGCGAGGUCAUGGCCAUCAGUGGAUCGACGAAUACGCUUUUCCGUGGUAACACUGUCCUCACCAAGACGGUCGAAACUGCCAUGGCAUGGUACGGCAAGACCUUUCUCGACCUCUCUGUCGGUCCCAUUGUGCGCAAGAUGAUUGCGGAAAACAUUGAAAUCGAAGUCGACCCUUCGCGUCUGCCCAUGACUUCGUCCAAGCGGCCCUCGACAAAGGACUCGUUCCGACCGAGCACGCGAGAUUCUUACCGACCAAGCACCAAAGAGUCGAUCAUGUCCAAGGACAAGGUCGAGUCUGAACUCCAAGAGCAAGGGAUUCGAGCGCUCGAGUAUUGGUGCAACGAGCUCUGGGGUCAGAUUUACAUUGCUCGCACCGAGUGUCCCGUCGAGCUCCGUAGGCUGUUUUCGCACAUUCGCACCAUUGUCGAGCGGAGAUUUGGGACAGAGGGACAGCAAGAGAAGAGUGUGCAAAUGACGAGUUCAGGGGCGGCGUUUAAUGCGGGCUUGGGAAUUGGUGGUCCCUCGGUCGAGAUGUUACCGUGGCAAGCCAUUUCAAGCUUUAUUUUCCUCCGCUUCCUCGUUCCUGCCAUCCUCAACCCGCAUCUUUUUGGCAUCUGCCCUGGGAUGCCGUCAAAGGGUGUGGUCCGAAGCCUGACGUUGCUCGCCAAGUGCACGCAGAGUCUGGCCAAUUUGAACCCUGGAGGACCGCAAAAGGAGGAUUAUAUGCGCGGGAUCAAGGGGUGUUUGGAACGCAACACCAUUACGAUGCUCGACUACCUCGCCUGCGUGUCUACCCCGCCGGAUCAAUUCUCGCCCUCUGCGCACACGAGCAGUUUCCUUUCUGGGCCGGACAAGCAUGAUCGUCUACACGUCAUCAACUCGCUCCGCGAACGCCUCACAGGGUCGGGCAAUAUGAUUCCGACAUUGUACAAGGACGCGAUCCCACUCUUGCCCUAUGCGCUCGACGUGCCCAAGCAUCUUGCGAUUCUCAGCUCUGCCGUCGUACGCAACGCACGCUCCAACAAUCAGCCUCGUCCUGCGACGGGUCAAGGCGCCUCGCAGCAAGAUGGUGCAGACGGAUGGAGUCUCACCAAGUUUUCCGAAUUGUGCUUCCACGUCGAGGCUCAGGCACUCAAGAGCGUCGCAGCACUCGCUCAAGGUGCGGCGAGUGCUGGCGCGUUUGGUGGAUCGAGAGCGAAACGUUCGGCAUCAGUGUCGUCUUACCAGGCUGGAAACUCGCUUCAUACUUCUCAAUCCAACCAAGCUCUUCGCGCCCAGCAGCCGUCUUCCUCUUCUCAGCAGAUGGCUCCCCCGUCGCCCAUCACGGCUACCAGUGGUUCAAGAGGUACGACGCCGAUGCAGAGUACCGCGACGCCUACGCAGUCUGCUCCAUCGCCAUGGUCUGCUGGCCCACCGCGUCGUCCAGCGUCUUCGCGAUCCAAUACGACACCGACUGGAAUGGCAGCUCAUGGUAGCAAUCCUUCUCCGCACUCGGCACAUCCUCAGACCUCGAUUGUAACGCACACCAUGGGUCUUCCUGCUCCACCGGAAAAGACAAAGAAGCACAAGUCGAUGCGCCCCUCGACGGCGCCCAGUUCGAUUUCUGCACCAUCUGAACCAUUUGUUGAACACCGGUCGAAUUGGCAGCACAAUCAGGCGCAAAACUCGCCUGUUCAAACGUCGUUCCGGUUCCUUCCGCCCGAAGGUGGCCCUCGGACCGAGGACGUCGCGUCGCCUGAAACGCCCAUCUCGUCCCACGAGUCGUCGCAUUAUCAUGGCUCCUCCGGCGGGCGUCUGCCGAGUGGGUACCCAGCGCUUCACCAGACUGGGAGUGAGACGUUUGUUCCUUUUCACUAUCCGACGGCCACGCGCUAUGCGGCUGCCGAGGGCCCCAGUGGAUCGCACUCUUCUGGACCGUUCCAAGGUCAAGACCGGUUCGAAAAGGCACAGCGACGCUCAUCUGGUGGGCGGCUAAAGGAUUUUAUCAAACGUCCCUCGACGUCUUCUGGUGGACAGCCUUCGCCUUCGUCGUAUCAUCAACAAUCUGGAUGGGGGGAGCAUUCGCCCCACUCUUCGUCGGGAGAUGAACUGUCGAAUGGUCCCAGGCAUGCUAAGCGUGGUGCGAGUAUCGGUACGAGCAGUGGCGAAGGACAGACGAGCUCGUGGAAGAGCAACGAACGACCUGAUACGGCUGCUACGACCGGUGGUGACCCUGGAAAGAAGAAGAAAAAGGGAAUCCUCGGUUGGCUUAGCAAGAAGUGA